CUCUCGAAGUUUUUGAAGGUUGCACAGGAUUCCACGCUGAAAGAAACUAAAGAACACUAAAUCGGUGUUUUCCUCAUCCAAAGAAACGUCAUAGCAAUUAAACGAUAGCAAUUAAGUACGAUUUGAGGAGUGUUUAUCCUCAGUAUGUCAUUGUUGUAGUUGAGAAUAUAGCGAAUUGAACAGAACAAAAUUUUAUACUUCAGUCUCUAUUAUUGUGGUCCGUGGAAAUCAUCAUGUCCUCUGCCGCGGUCGCUCAGCGAGAGGUUGCCCUUCGUCUUGCGCGACGUAAGGCUGGAGCGCGCCUCUUCCCGUCCUCGGCUUCGAAUUCGAGGUCAUUGGGUGAAAGUUUGACUACGCGGAUGUUCAGGGGGGGUGGCAACCGGACCAUGUUUGCGACAACCACGCCAAGUGUUUCGAGUCGGUCAUCAGUGCACAUGUUCAAUUCUUUUUCGGAUGGAGGCGGAGGUCUCCAUUAUUUUGGUGCAAUUUUGCAACCAGCACGUUCACCUACUACUGCUGCUCCACGAAGUUACGUGGACCCGAGAAGAAGUAGUACUAGCAGUUGGCGACUGAUGAAAGUUGUGAGAGGACUGAAUUGCAGUAGCGGAAACAGCAGUAAUGCAAGACAGCAGUGCUUCCAGGUGUCACGGCGACGCUUUGCAAGCGGUCCGACAGUGGUCUUCAACUACGAAAAAGAUGGGCAGAUGAUCGGUCCGUGUGAGACAAAACCGCAACAUCAAUCGCUUUUAGAUGUCGCCCAGGACUACGAUAUUGAAAUCGAAGGUAAUCAUCGUAUGUUGAAGUAGUGUAUGGAAAAGUGUGUGGCUAUUCCUUAUCCUUGGCUCGCUAAUAAUCACUUUCUUUUCCAUUUUCUUACUGCGUCAACAAUAAUCCGACUUAGAGGAUGGGACCAUUCGACUUAUGUUCUUUGUUGGUCUUUCUAGCUUUAUCUUUAAAUUUCGUAGGCGCUUGCGGUGGCAACGCAGCUUGUAGCACGUGUCACGUCUACCUGUCCGAAGAGGAUUUUGCAAAAUUUAAGGAGCCCGACGAAGAUGAGCUAGACAUGUUAGACCUAGCAGCUGGAUUGCGCGAGAAGCAGUCGCGAUUGUGUUGUCAAAUCCGCUUGAAGGAGGUAAGGGACCUGUUUCCUUCUGGUGAAUUAGUGCUCACGGUUCCGAAAGAAUCCGCGAACGUCUUCGACCUGUGA